AAUCUCCACUUUCUGAAAUUUUAGUAAUGGAAAAAAAAACCAGCGAACAAAGCCAUCGCCAAACCAACAACAACCGUUCGGGUGAGAGGGGAGCUUGACGAGAACGACGUCGCACCCGCUAUUUUCUCCAUUCUCUAAGCAACAAUUAUCUUCUUCUUCUUCUCCUCCUUACUUCGCACUCUGCAUCUUCUGCUGCAUUCCUAGUGUUCCGGAUCCUGAGUUCAUCCUCCUACAGAUCGAACUCGAUACCUUAGAUCCAACGGCAGAGUGACAAUCUCUCCCCCAUCGUUUUUUUUCUUCUGUUUCCAGUGUUCCUUAUCAAUCUCCGAAGAUCCAUUCGCCGAUCCACUACAAUGGCGGAUUCUGAGCCAAUCACGCCUGGCCAGGUUUCGUUUCUGCUAGGAGUCAUCCCUGUAUUCAUAGCAUGGAUGUACUCUGAGUUUCUGGAGUACAAGAGGUCUUCAUUGCACUCUAAAGUUCAUUCAGAUAGUAAUUUGGUUGAACUGGGUGAGGUGAAAGGCAAGGAAGAGGAAGUAGCUGUUUUACUUGAAGGAGUUGGUCUUCCUAGAUCAGUCUCUUCACGCUUCUAUAACUCUCCUAUCAAGACCAACUUGAUUAGGUUUCUGACGAUGGAAGACUCUUUCUUGAUUGAUAAUCGAGCAACGUUGAGAGCCAUGGCUGAGUUCGGGGGGAUUCUUUUCUACUUUUAUAUUUGCGAUCGAACAAACUUGCUUGGAGAGUCCACAAAGAAUUACAACAGAGACCUUUUCAUCUUUCUCUACUGUCUUCUCAUCAUAGUGUCAGCCUUUGCAUCCUUGAAGAAACACAAUGACAGAUCACCAAUAACGGGGAAAUCCAUCCUCUUUCUUAAUCGUCACCAGACUGAAGAGUGGAAGGGAUGGAUGCAGGUUUUAUUUCUCAUGUAUCAUUACUUUGCUGCGGCUGAGAUAUACAAUGCAAUCAGGGUCUUCAUCGCUGCUUACGUCUGGAUGACUGGUUUUGGGAACUUCUCUUAUUACUAUAUCAGAAAGGAUUUCUCCCUUGCACGAUUCACUCAGAUGAUGUGGCGUCUUAACUUAUUUGUGGCUUUUAGCUGCAUUAUUCUCAAUAAUGAUUAUAUGCUAUACUACAUCUGUCCGAUGCACACUCUGUUUACUCUUAUGGUGUAUGGAGCUCUUGGUAUCUUCAGUCGGUAUAAUGAAAUACCAUCAGUCAUGGCUGUGAAAAUUGCUUCAUGCUUUCUCGUGGUCAUCCUGAUGUGGGAGAUUCCUGGAGUUUUUGAGAUUUUCUGGAGUCCUCUUACAUUCUUACUGGGAUACACUGAUCCAGCUAAACCCGAUCUACCGCUUCUACAUGAAUGGCACUUCAGAUCAGGACUUGACCGCUACAUAUGGAUCGUCGGAAUGAUAUAUGCCUAUUUCCAUCCCACUGUAGAGAGAUGGAUGGAGAAAUUGGAGGAGUGUGAUGCCAAGAGAAAGCUGUCGAUCAAGACAAGCAUAAUUGCAAUUUCCUCAUUCGUUGGAUACCUCUGGUACGAAUACAUCUACAAGCUUGACAAGGUUACAUACAACAAAUAUCAUCCCUACACGUCGUGGAUUCCAAUAACUGUCUACAUCUGUCUGCGAAAUUCCACACAACAGCUGCGAAAUUUCUCUCUGACACUGUUUGCGUGGCUCGGCAAGAUUACACUAGAGACUUAUAUUUCUCAGUUUCACAUCUGGUUAAGAUCGAAUGUGCCUAAUGGACAGCCCAAGUGGCUGCUAUCCAUCAUUCCGGAAUACCCAAUGCUCAACUUCAUGCUCACCACGGCCAUCUAUGUCUUGGUGUCUCAUCGGCUUUUCGAACUUACCAAUACGUUAAAGUCUGUUUUCAUACCCACAAAAGAUGACAAGAGACUGCUCCACAAUGUCCUCGCUGGAGCUACCAUUUCAUUCUGUUUAUACUUAACCGCUCUCAUUCUUCUCCAGAUCCCACACUAAUCAUGAGGGACUGUAAACAUGAAACUCGCAGAGUUUUCUUUGUCAAAUUUGCUAAAUAGUUACAACACACAAUCUCAUAUUGGACAAUAAAGAUUUUUUUCAAAGAUCAGUAGUUUAUGAAGCUUGCCAAAUGAAGGCACCUUUGCGCCAAUUAGAACCAUUGAAGUUUCAGAAAAUGGCUAAGAGUGAAGCAUCUUGUGGCAUUUGGACGGCAUCAUCAUCUUAGGACUAGUAUUGUUCGUUUUCUUUCCUUUCUGUUGUAAUUUUGCCUUGCAGUUUCUUAUCAUAUAGCUUCAUUUGUCUUUUUGUCAAAAUACAGAACAUAUGUGUUUGAGAAAUGAGAAAUGAUAAUUCAGUUCAAUU